AUGCAAGUUGCUAACCAACCAUUCAUUCAUCGGCACAAUUACAGGGAUUCUGCCAUGGAUGAGCCUUCUUGCUCACUAGCUGCAGACGAUGGAGGCACACGAAGAGCUCGUUCAGUUACUUCAAGUCGCAUAAGCCUAUUCUUCGCAAAGGUCGGCUUUUUACUUGUCAUAGAGAAGGAGAUGCUGAAUAAGCUCAAUGAGAUGAAGGAGCGAACGGAACCAAUGUCCAGUAUAAUUCCGGAAAUAGAAACUCAUUGGACAGAUAUCGUUAGCGAUCGCGGAUCUCUAACAAGACGACAUGUGGAUCAACAAGAAGCGAUAUGGGAAAUUGUGACCACUGAGUAUCGCUACAUUCAGGUAUUGAAGAACAUGCAUGAUUUGUCAUGCUAUUUUAUCGAACUGCAGAAAAUUGGCUAUUUCAAGGAUAUUGCUGUGGCAAGAGUAUUUCUAAACUAUACUGAGCUCUUCACUGUAAAUGUUAUUUUCUGGCGUCGCGCUAUUCAACCGCUCUUGGAAUGUUCAAGGCAGUCUCGAAAACCUCUCGAUCCCGUAAUUUUGAUGAACGGUUUUGAAGAUAUCAGCGAGUGGUCCAAAUGUUACAUUCCCUUCAACCUUGGUCACGAUGAUAGCCAUACCUACGUUCAAAAGAAGCAAAAAGACAAUGAGAUGUUCCGUGAAUUCGUACAUUGGGCGGAAUCACAGGAGUCCAUGCGCAGGCAGAAAUUGUGUGACACCUUGACCAGUCCUAUGCAAAGGCUUACGCGAUACAGUCUUUUACUUAAGGCUGUGUUAUCCAACUCGACUGAUGAUCGUGAACGUUUGAUUAUUCAAAGUGAGGAUAUUGCUGUGGCAAGAGUAUUUCUAAACUAUACCGAGCUCUUCACUGUAAAUGUUAUUUUCUGGCGCCGCGCUAUUCAACCGCUCUUGGAAUGUUCAAGGCAGUCUCGAAAACCUCUUGAUCCCGUAAUUUUGUUAAACGGUUUUGAAGACAUUAGCGAGUGGUCCAAAUGUUACAUUCCCUUCAAUCUUGGUCACGACGAUAGCCAUACCUACGUUCAAAAGAAGCAAAAAGACAAUGAGAUGUUCCGUGAAUUCGUACAUUGGGCAGAAUCACAGGAGUCCAUGCGUAGGCAGAAAUUGUGUGACACCUUGACUAGUCCUAUGCAAAGGCUUACGCGAUACAGUCUUUUACUUAAGGCUGUGUUGUCCAACUCAACUGAUGAUCGUGAACGUUUGAUUAUUCAAACGAUGAUCGACAGAACAGAUGCUGCUACUCAACAGCUGAACUUCGAGUUGAAUAACAAUGAUCUUCGACUUCAAAUGGCUGAAAUUAUGAAGAGCAUUGACGGCUAUGAUGCCGUUGACUCAGAGGAAUUUGAAAAGCUGUUCCCCAGUCGUCGAACCACUCUAGAUCUUAUGGCUCCUAUGCCCCUUCUUCCUGGCCCUCCUCAAUUUCGUCGAGUUAUCCAUCGUGGUAACCUGAAAGUACGAGAGAGUCGACAAGGGGCAAAGGUAGAAAUGCACUGCCUCUUGUUUACCGACAUGCUUUUACUCUGUAAAACUUCAACGAAACGAACGGAUAAAGGACUUCGUGUAGCUCGUCCCCCUAUUCAUAUUGCCCAUAUGAUUUAUCAUCCAUUCAAUGAUGCAAAUCUGCACGUACUUCCAGGUGGAUUCUUCAUCAUUUGCAUGAAUGAAUUCGAUGCACCAUCCAGUAUUUACUUAAUGCACACAACGGAUGAAAAAGAAACUCGGAGAUGGCUAGAGAUGAUUAACAUCACAAGCAAUGAGUUCAAAAGACUUCAAGGCAGACAAAACGACUUCGAUAGCCCGCUCUAUGACUUGAGAAAGGGACCUCCAUGGCAGCAAGGUCCGCCACACUGCUUAUCUACCGGUAUCAUACAUCGUAAGAGCAGCAGCAUGGACUCGCAAGUGGUCGCCGCUCAUGCUCAUAUGAAUCAUAUGCAUCGUGCAGCUACCGUAUCAUCUACGGAACAGUUGGAUCGUAAUCUAGACCGCAAUGACUCGCCUAGCCGCCUCCCUCCUAUGCAUAAGCUGAGCAUCGCUAGCUAUCCACUUUGUGGAAGUAAAAGCAGUGUGGAUUUGCACUUGACUCUUGGAGCGGAAACUACAUCAAGUAAGUCACGAGUUUUGCUUUUUUGACG